AUGGGUUUCCAAUUAUCAUCUCUCCUCCACGAACUCACACAAUCUCGUCAAACUCUUUCCGUAUCGAAACAGUUACAUGCCUUAAUCGUCAGACUAAAUCUUUCGUCUGAUCCAUUUUUUGCAACAAAAAUAACCCGAUUGUAUUCCAUUAAUCAUGAUCUUCAUUCUGCCCGUAAGCUGUUCGAUGAAACUCCUGACAGGAGUGUUUAUCUAUGGAAUUCCAUGAUCAGAGCUUACGCUCAAGAACACAAAUUCAAGGAUGCUUUCUAUCUCUUCACACAUAUGCGCUGCUCAUGUACACCACCCGAUAAUUACACUUAUGCUUGCAUCAUACGCGCGUGUACUGAGAGAACGGAUUCUUUCGGAUUGAGAAUUGCUCAUGGUGGAGUUAUUGUGUCAGGUUUAGAGUUUGAUUCGGUCACGAGUAGAACACUGGUUAGUGGUUAUUCGAAACUAGGACUUGUUGAUAUAGCUCACACAGUAUUUGAUGGAAUAUGCAAGCCGGAUUUAGUUCUUUGGAAUUCCAUGAUUGCAGGUUAUGGGUAUGGGAGGCUUUGGUGUGAAAGCUUAAAAUUGUUUAGUGAGAUGAGGAAAAUGGGAAAAGACCCAGAUGGGCAUACUUUUGUUGGAUUAAUUUCUGGUGUUAAUGAUCCACAAUUAUUAGGAGUCUGUCGGGGAAUUCAUUGUUUAUGUUUGAAAAAUGGGUUGGAUUCAAAUUCUCAUGUAGCUUCUUCGAUUGUGAGUAUGUAUUCGAGGUGCAAUUGCUUGGAUUCAGCUUAUAAAACCUUUAGCGGCUUACCGGAUCCUGAUGUAGUUCAAUGGUCAUCUUUGAUAACUGGACUUUCUCAAACUGGUAACUCGGAAGAAGCAUUGUUUUUAUUCAGAGAAAUGAUUUUGGAAGGUGAAAGAGCCGAUCCUACUUUAAUUGCUAGUGUGUUGGGAGAUUCCUCUAAGUUGGCGAUGGUUGAACCUGGUAGACAAAUCCAUAGUUUUGUUUUUUGUCAUGGGUUUGAAUCCGAUGUUAAAGUUGCAUCUUCACUCAUUGAUAUGUACACAAAAUGUGGGGCUCCCAUGUUCGGUGUUAGAGUUUCUGAGAUAAUGCACGAAAGGAACGUUGUCACAUAUAACUCUAUAAUUUCAGGUCUUGGUUCAAAUGGACUAAUUUCAGAAGCUUUUUUAGUGUGUUCAAGAGAUGGUGGAAAAAGGAUUCAAACCUGA